AGUGACAUCCGGGUAUUUUGUCAAAGAUAGAAUCGGGAGAAAGUGAGUGUUUGUUGCGAAUGCACGUGCUGAGAUUGACGUGUACGUGUACCUCAUUCAUGACAGGGGCCACACCGUAAUUCCAUCCAGCCCGCAUCAAGCGUAGAGAUAGAUCGUGUUACAGGGGUGUGAAGACCCGCAACUGUCGUCGAGUAUUCCAGUUGUCCUGUGAUCUGUACUGUCAUCUGCCUUACACAGCCUGUUGAGUGGAUUUAUUUUCACCUGUGCCACAGGAUCCCUGCCGAGCAGUGUGUCGCCAUGUCUUCCCGCCAUGUGCUGGAGUUCACUACCAUAUGGUGCCUCUCACUUCACUUGAUAUCGCUUCCUGGUUUCGUGGCACCCUCGCAGACGUGUGUCUGUCUUAAGAAUGAAACCUCGGGGUUAUAUAAUCCGAUCCAUAUUCAAUUCCGGGACAAGAGGUACUAUAUCGCUGAACAACGCGGGAUUGUGCGAUAUUUUGAAACACGUGACAAGAAAAGUGGUGUUUUAUUGGAUCUUUCGGACAGGGUUGUGUUGACAGACACUCCGGCCGAUCAAAGAGGUUUACUUGGUUUUACUCUGCAUCCGCGUUAUAACGAGAACGGUAAACUGUACGUGUACUAUAUUGGAAACAGUUCGGGAGUUCAGUUCUCCUACAUCAGCGAGUUUACCGUCGUUGACGAUGUCGCACUACCGACAACAGAGCGGCUGCUUUUAAGAAUUGAACAAAUAACUGACGCUGGAAAUGCCGGCCAGCUGCUGUUCGGCCAUGACGGUUAUCUGUACAUAUCGGUGGGAGACGGUAUUGGUGACGAUGGCGUGCCACGUGACCAUGCCCAGGACCCAACCAGCCUCCUCGGGAAGAUACUUCGACUUGACGUUGACGGCCAAAGCUUCAUGGGCGGCUCAGCGCUUCGGUACGGCAUUCCCGCAAGCAAUCCGUUUGUUGACAAGUCACCAUGGCGACGGGAAGUGUUUGCGUACGGUUGUCGUAAUAUGUGGCGAUGCAGUCAAGACACAGUUGCAGACAAAAAUGGUGAGCGGCGAAUAUUCUGUGGCGACCCAGGGGCACGAGCUUAUGAAGAGAUCGACGUCAUCCGCAGCGGCAGGAACUACGGCUGGAACAUCAGGGAGGGGAACGAGUGCUUCGACAGCUCCAGGUGCAGCAAUGGAACAAUAGAGAACGAAGCACUGCCGAUCUACGUGUACAAUCACACCAACCUCUUUCAUGCCAUCGUCGGGGGAUAUGUGUACAGAGGCAAGAAGCUUCCUGAUCUGUACGGGCGCUAUCUGUACGGAGACGCCAUGACAGGCGUCAUGUCGGCAUUGACCGAGGGCAGCGACGGCUGGACAUCGUCCCCGCUUCCGGUGUGUGACCGAAAAAAUUGUCCGUGCGGUGCCAGGGAGCGACCUAGAAACUUCAUACUGACCUUUGGUCAAGAUGAACAAGAUUUACAUUUUGUUUCUUCAGGGGAGAUGUACCUUUUGACGACGUCUUCAGUAACGGCGUUCAAAGACGACGGCGUUGCUUUGAAAAUAGUGUCAUCACUUGGGGAGAAGACGGUUACUUGUGGGUGUGGUGGCAGGGGAGACUCUACAGUCGUGGUGGUCAUGCUGAUGAUGUCGGUGCUGACGUGGUUCGGUUCUUGGAGUGUUGAAGACGUCGACUGAAGACUUUCUGUAUUUGCUAGAUCGUAAUCCGAACUUAUGUAAUUCUUAUAAACGAAGAUGUUUGGUAACGGGAACUGUACGUCAUAUGCAGGCCUCCACACACCAGGAUUCUGCAUUCUUAUAUUGGAAUAUGUUUGGUCAGGAAUGUGUCACAAAGUGCCAGGUUCGAGUGUUGUUCUCGGGUAAUCAUGAGGAACUGGUAUAUUCACUGAACGUAGGCACGGAUGUUUACAAGUGGUUGAUAUUGGCAUGUAUCAGGUAGUGUGGCUGAAGACGCGGGCAGACUUUGAGAUGCAUGACUCUGUGGAGACUUUUCUGAAUGGUUUAAUACACUUCAUGAUACGUGGACGGAAAAGUGAGGUGAAGCACCUUGACAAAAAACUUUAAGUUUUUAUUUAUAUAGUUCGAAGCCUUGUAUGUGUUUGUUACGAGAGGUGAAAGAAAUGACCCAAGGACAAUAAAAUUAUGUAUUCUUUAA